UCUUCUUAUACCGCGUUUCCAGAGGGUCUAGGGUUCUUCGCAUCGCGGAUCUGGAAUGUCGUGGAUCAGGGGCUCCGGGGCUCCAUCGGCGGCUGGAUAUGGCAAGAUUUCGGCUCCGGCAGCAGAUCCAGUGCCGGCGCGGCCGGUUUCGCUCCUGAUGACGGUCUGUGCGACUCCCUCCAACGAUCUGGCGUCGACGAAUUACGCGUAUUGCUCGGUGAGUGAUGCGUCCAAGUUUCAUGCCAAGGGAUGGGACAGAGGAUUCGCGCUUGUAGGCAAUGCCGUCGUGCUGACGAUCAAGGGUCACGAUGCGGUGCCCAAUAAUUCUCUGGCGCUCAAUACAAUCCAGCGGCAACAUUUGAAAGUAUCGAAAGGAGAUGAGAUUCCAGUGGAAAGGUUUGAUAUUCCAGACAAGUUCAAGCUUACGGCUGUGACAGUGGAACUCGAAAUCUUUAAAGGAAAAAAUCGGAAAGAGGAACAGAUUGAUGCGAAAGUUUUCUCCAAGGAGAUCGUUAGAAGAUUAUCCGAGCAGGUGGUGACUAUUGGUCAGAAGGCUUUCAUCGAAUACUGCGGCAUAAAUUAUGUCCUCACUAUUAAUGAUUUAGCGCUAGAAGGCCAUGAUAAUCCAAAUCGUGGUUUGAUUUCAAUUGAGACGACAUUUAUAUUCGAAGCAGCUCCUGGUUCUAGCAUCAAGAUAACGAAUCAGAGGGGAGCUGGUACUCAGAUCUUCAAGCAGAAAGAUUUAAACUUUCAGAAGCUAGGAAUCGGAGGCCUCGAUGCUGAGUUUGCUGACAUAUUUCGGAGGGCAUUUGCAUCAAGAGUCUAUCCUCCGGAUGUGAUCAGCAGAUUAGGAAUAAGCCACGUCAAAGGAAUGCUGUUGCAUGGACCUCCAGGAACGGGAAAGACACUUAUUGCUCGGCAAAUCGGAAAAAUGCUCAAUGGUCGUGAACCAAAGGUGGUAAAUGGUCCAGAAGUUCUGAGUAAGUUCGUCGGUGAAACGGAAAAGAAUGUUAGGGACCUAUUCGCUGAAGCAGAAAAUGAUCAGAGAUUGAGAGGUGAUCAGAGUGAAUUGCACAUUAUCAUUUUUGACGAGAUUGAUGCCAUCUGCAAGACAAGAGGCUCCACUAGAGAUGGAACUGGAGUGCAUGACAGCAUUGUCAACCAGCUUCUCACCAAGAUUGACGGUGUGGAAGCGUUGAACAACAUACUACUGAUUGGCAUGACAAACAGGAAGGAUAUGCUUGACGAGGCACUUUUGAGACCAGGUCGACUAGAAGUUCAAAUCGAAAUUGGGCUUCCAGAUGAAAAGGGACGUGUUCAAAUUCUUCAAAUUCACACGAGCAGAAUGAGAGAUAAUUCCUUUUUAAGCGCUGACAUAAGACUGGAGGACCUUGCUGCGCGGACCAAAAAUUUCAGUGGAGCAGAGUUAGAAGGGCUUGUGAAAAGCGCGGUAUCUUUUGCUUUAAACAGGCAAGUAAAUGUGGCGGAUCUUACUCAACCGAUCGACGAAGACAACAUCAAGGUUACAAUGGUUGACUUCAAUAAUGCCCUGCAAGAGGUCCAGCCUGCUUUUGGUGCUGCUGUUAAUACGCUCGAGAUGUACAGAGUUAAUGGUAUGUUGGAUUGCGGGGAGAAACACAAACAUGUACAAGAAACCGCCAUGACACUGGUCGAGCAAGUCAGGAAAAGCGAUAGAACGGCGCUUCUCACUUGUCUUCUGGAGGGCCCUCCUGGAAGCGGGAAGACUGCUCUAGCUGCAACGAUUGCUAUUGAAAGCGAAUUUCCUUUCAUUAAGAUUAUAUCAGCUGAAAACAUGAUUGGAUACUCUGAAACGAGCAAAUGCAGCUUAAUCGCCAAGGUCUUCGAGGAUGCCUACAAAUCGCCGUUCAGCAUCAUCAUACUUGACGACAUCGAGCGGCUACUGGAGUAUGUGAACAUAGGUGCACGUUUUUCAAAUGUAGUCCUUCAGACUAUUCUCGUGCUCUUGAAGCGUCUGCCACCGAAAGGAAGAAAGCUGAUGGUUCUAGGAACGACUAGCAUGUCCUACGUGCUUGAUUCCAUGGACUUGGUCUCGGCGUUCAAUGUCAAGCUCGGAGUACCGAAUUUGAGACCACCCGACAUGAAAAAGGUGUUGGAAGGACUGGGUGUUUUUGCCAAGCGAGACCUGGACGACGUGGUCGAAGCACUGGACGAAGAGAUUCCUAUCAAGAAACUUCUCAUGCUCGUGGAGAUGGCCGCGCAAGGAAACCAGGACGAUGACGCGGAGGACGUUUACGCUGGCAAGAGAAAGAUUGACAAGAAUUAUUUCAUGGAAUGCCUCCAAGACUUGGCUUAGAGGCAUUUUUCUUUUCCAAUGUAUAGUUUUUUGGAGGCUA